UGGCUAUUGAAAUCAGGCUGGUAGUCGCUCUUAUACUUCUCUCUGCCGCUAUGAGUUGUCACCGACAAUUUAAACUUGUAGUACAACUCAACGUCAAGUCGGGCGAUCCUUUAUUUUUCAAAUAGUACGAUUCAGUGGCAUGAUGGAGGUCCAUUUUAUCGUCAAAUAAUACGGUUAAAAAGCAGUAGCAUCCUUUUUUUUAAUGGCCGGUCGAAUUAGACUUCUGUCUUUCUCUCGUACGGGGAAUUAAAGUCUAUGUGAUCUGUCUAUGUGUUGUGACAUCGAUGCAGUGUGAAUUCGUCAUUAUCACUUGUGUUUACCUGUGUUGCACAUCUGACGUCUAAUUAAGAAUAAAAUGUAACACAUCAUUCCUCAAGUACCAUAAAUGUCAUUCAAGGAACGUAAGUGUGCGAGGGAUGCGUAUGGGCGAUAAUCCCGCGAAAUUCUGUAAUUAUUAACGUGUUGAGUAGAUAUUUCUGAAAAAUGGCAGAUGUUAGAUUGCUCAUUCAGGAAGAAGGUCGCGCGGCCAGGAACUUGAUAGCUUUUAAUGUACCAGUUGGUACAAAUAAUACAGAGAAAAUAACAAAGAAACCACCCAGUGUACCAAGGCAAGCUCAGUCAGGUUCAACAAAGCGAUCUAUGAAACCAGCAACAAGAGUAAGAUCUGCUUCUACAGGUCGUGAUAAAAAAUCUGAAUUACAGGCACGAUACUGGGCAUUCCUGUUUGGGAAUUUACAAAGAGCAGUUGAUGGAAUUUAUCAAACGUGUGAAGAGGAUGAAAAUAUUUCUGAGUGUAAAGAAGUUAUUUUAGUUCUAGAGAAUUAUACCCGAGAUUUUCAUAAUUUAAUAGAAUGGUUUAAAGUUAAAUGGGCUUAUGAAAAUUCAUCACCACCAUUAAGACGAACUCCUUUAGCUUGGGAAGUUAGAAAGACUUCUCCUUGUCGAGUAUGGAAUUCUACAAUAAUUCCAAAAUCUACUAGUCCCUUACAAAGAGCAAGUCCAACUGAGUCCAUUUGUAAGAGUCCAGUCGAACAAAUCGUGUGUGAAUGUAAAACGACUGUAACGGAUAACAAAGUUAAUAACGUGAAGGAGGAAUUACUCCAUAAAUUAUUAAAAGAUAGCAAAAACAACGUUUGUAAAAAUUGUUCUUCUGAUAUUAAAGAAAGGCGUAAGAAUGGUAUAGAUAAGGUAGGAAAUCAAACAACGAAUAAAGAGAGAUCUGCAUCGGCGAAAGCAAUUAACAAAGUUCUCGUAAAACAAUCAGUGCAAUCAAAAGCGAAUCUCGAAGAUCGCAAGACACUAAAUGAAGGUGUAACGUACGAUUUGAAGAAUAAGAUAGAUUCUAGAAACAUUCCUAAACACGCAAAAGACUGCGUGCAUGGCAAUAUUAUGAAGCCAGCUGAUUCUAACUUAUCAGCAGAGAAACAGGAACAAGCGUAUAAAAAUGAUAAAAAUGUCCAAUUAAGUUCGUGCAGUAAUUGUGAACCUGCGCAAAAAGACGUUAAUGCUGUGAAUGCUAAAGAUACUAAGAUGGAUGGAAAGAGUGUGGAUAGUAAAUCAUCGUGUAAUAAAAAUAACAUAGUAUUGGGAAAAAAUGAAAUUAACGUCAGAGUAAAGAAAGAUAGUAUUAGGAAGAGUGAAACUAAUGUUGAAAAGUUAAGCACGAGAACAAUUGUUGUCCAAAAUACUUCAGAAAAAAUUAAUCAGGUCAACUGUCAAAUGAGCAAACACCCGCAUGGAAUUAAUGAUAAAUCAGAUAAUAAAGAUAUACGAAAUUCUACAAUAAAUUCAUCUUCCAGUAACACAGAUAAAGGCUCCAUGACGUUCGACACAAACAGACCUGCCUAUUCGACUGUGUCGCAAACAAGAUCUAAAGCACAUUCAUCAACUUCGUCCGAGACUCCAAAGUUCAUUAGAAGUAAGACUUGUUUAAGUGGCAAAAAUUUACCUACUCCAAGUAAAACGAGACCUGGAACAUCCGUUAUAGUAAGAGGACGAUUUCAAACUCUUGAAAAUAAGCUAUCUGAACAAAAUACUUUGAAGAAAGAUCAAAAUAAAGACAUGAAUGGAUCGGUAGAGGUUUUAACGAAGCAAACGCUACCUUCAAAGUUAAAAGAUGAGAGCGAUGGUUGGCAAACAGUUAGAAAUCGCUGUAGAAGAGGAAGCACUCACAACUUGAACAUGUCGACGCGUUUUCAUAAACCGAGCACCGCUUUAUCUCUGCCAGCUUUAUCCAUAGAGAGUCCAUUGGAGAAAAUGAAGAAAAAUUCUUACACUCCCGAUGGGAAUAACAAACAAAAGAAAAAAAAUAUCGUAGGCAAAGCCGGGAAGAACAUGAACAACGAAGUUGAGAAAGUUAAAGGAGAAUCCAUGUCAUCUACUAUUAAAAAUAGUCUCGAAGAUACAUUAAAAAAAAACACAUUGAAUCUGUGUGAUACCAAUUCAACGUCAAUGAUCGCAGCUAUCUUUAAGAACGACGCGGAGUUACUUGAGAAACGCAUACAACAAUUUAUGGCUGCUCAAGCGGAAAGAGAAAGAAUUAUCUUAGAGGAAGAGAGAAAGACUGAGGAAGCAGAUUCUCAAAGAUCUCAGCAGUUAUCGGAUGAAGAGGCGUCUUUGAAACGACAAAUCUUAGAGUUGGAAUCCAGCGAGAUCGACGUCGACACGGAAACAGACGAGACGGACGGCGAAAUGGUCCUUGAAAUGGAAGACGAGCCUGUGGUACCGCUCAGUGUUGUUACUGACGAUAUUAGCUUAGAAGAUAGAUACGAAAAUAUGUUAGAGGGAAUGUCCUGGGCGGAACGAGUCGACACUCUCGCGCAAUUACGCGCAUUGGUAGCUCGCCAUCCAGGUCGUGCGUUAGAAUUGCAUCAAAAACUCUCAUCUCCUUCGCGAAAAAGAUCGCUUCCUGAAACAUUGAGGAGAUAUCAAGCGAAGCAAGCUUGCGCACAACACAAACGUCAAAAACUGCUAAUGGAGAAAUCGCAACGCUUACGGGAAUUAUUGAACAAAGUAGAGGACGUUAAGAGUGCAAAAAGUCAGUUAAUAGAAGACAAGAGAGUUAGGAUGGAAAUGAGACUAAAAAGAGCGGAGGAAAAUAGAACUCAACAUUUGCUGGAAAUAGUGAGAAAAGCGCACGAUGAGGAUUCGAAAUUAAAGGAAAUAGCUUUCAUCAACGAGUUGGAAGCGCAAAAUAAGAGACAUGAUUUUAUGGCAUUAUGCCAAGAACAAGAAGAAAGAUUACAAGGUAUCCAAGAAGAACGUCAACGUCGACAAGAGGAGAAAGCUGCCAAAGAAGCUGCGGCUGAAGAACGCCGAAGAGCUUUAGAAGCAGAACGACAGUUGCGGAUACAAAAAAUGAAGCAAGCACGUCGCGAACGUGAGGAAAGAGUCGGUAAAAUGCAGCUCGAGAGAGAAAAGGAACGACAGGAACUAGCGAGAGAAAAGGCUCGAGAUCGUGAAGAACGCCUGUCCGCGCUACAUGCUGCCCAAUUGGCUAAUCAAGAAGAACUGCAGAAGAAAAUAGCACAGAAACAACAAGAAUCCGCUAGGAGGCAUGUAGAGAAUAUUGAGCACAUUCGACAGCGUGCGGUUGAAUCUUCAAUAUUAAGAUCGGAAGAAGUACCACCUACCCUUAAAUCUUACCCUGCUCAAAAACAGUGUUCUCUGUGUGGCACGAUUAUAUCUAACGAGGUGUAUCUUCUGAGUCACUUGAAAGGAAAGACCCAUUUUGAAGCGGUACGAAACGCGCACGAUAACCGUGAGCCAUCCCGUGACGAACUUCAACGCUUUAACAUCGCACAGAUACGAGAUGUGCCGGUUACUGUGCAAAACAGUAGUAAUGCGAGUAAUAGCAAAGCUGCGAAAGAAAAACAGAAAGCGUUGAAACGCCGAUGCAGAAAAAUCAAGCAACGCAUGAGCUCGCGCGGCCAAGAAUGGGAAGACAAACGAAAAGCUGAAGUUAAUCAGAAUUUAUCGGCCGAGUCAGCUAACAAGGCCAAGUUCCGACGGAAUUUAAAGGAGUUGGAUAAGUUAUAUAAUAAUCAUUCGAAAUCUGCGUGGUCGACUAUAACGCUUGCCGCCUUGGAGCGUUGUUUAGGUGAAAUCACUCGGGCCUUUGCCAAGUCGUGCCCAUUUGAUCAGGACGCUUUCAGAUGUUUAAAUGGUUUCGACACUCUGACAAAUUUACUGAAUCUAGGUCUAAAUGCGCAAAAUGCAUCGUAUAAUUUACCAAAUAAAGCAAUUGUAUCGCUGUGUCGAGUUUACAAAGCUGGCAUUACUGGGAACACAGAGAGCAUAGAAGAUAUUCUGUUGAGCAAUAACAUUCUCGUCAUUUUGGACUUGCUUUUACAACGUUUAGAGACUUUGACUAGUCUCGACGACCACGCUCAGACUCAGGACGUGUCUACCAAUUCAACCGGAAAUGGAAUGGUGGCGGCCAGCGCGACGCAAUUGCUGUGCAGCAUGAUCCCCGAAGAGCCCUUUGAGAAAACCGUCCUGCAGACGCGCGUUCAAGAUAUUGCUGGCUAUCUGGUAGCCGGCGGCCUGGUGGAUCGCGUGUCGCGCCAUAGUCAGGCCCUGAUCGAGACGGAUUUCUUCCUGGAUCAGGAGCACGAGUCGCCGUUGCUUGUAUCGUCUUUCGAUCUUCUCGCACGUAUCUGCGGUCACCUGAAGAGGUCCGUUGAUCAAGAUAACGUCAGCGUACACGGCGAGGGUGGCGGCAACGCGGAGCAGACAAGCUCCGAGGCGCACUUGUUGUCGACCUUGUCGGCGACCGAAGCCUCAGGUGCGAUCGGCGCGCUCUACGCGGCGGUCGCGUUAACGCCGCAGAAUCAGAAAGGAGCCUCGCCGACGCCCAAUCAGACCUUCACGACCGCCGUGCGCACCCUGGCUGGUCGCGGUCUUAAGCUUCUCAAGUCGAUCGCGGAACUUGAUCUUCGGACACUACAGGACUUCCUGGGUGUCGAAGGUACGAGCCUGCAGUGGCGGUUCAUAGCGAGCCACCUGAUAACCCGGCUGUCUCGCGAUUCUUUAUCGGACAAGCCGGAAUCGAUGCUGAACACGAGCGGUAUUUACAUCCUCUCGGAGUUGUUCAUGGUGCUCGGCUAUUUCGCCGUUAACAACUCGGAUAAUCAGCUGGUUCUCCAAUCAGCCGGAGCGGGCCCUAGCGUUCUACAGCAGCUGUGUACUCUACCGUUCCCUUUCUACGGAGACCCCAGAUUGAUACCUUACACAUCGCCGGCGCUUUUAGCCGCCACACAUCAGAAUCCCGAAGCAAUGGCGAUAUUGUCUUGCGAAUUGUCAUAUGAGUUGCUGGAGCAGUACAGAAAUUCGGAGGAAGGUAAAUUAAAUCCUUUGGUGCGUCUACUGAAGGAUAACGCCUAGUCCGCCCCCUCCCGUCCCGUGCGUUUCGCCGACGGCUCUAUUAGUAUAAUUGCGCUCCUUAGAGCUCGCUAGUUGUAAUAAUCCGCGCGUGUCGGGAUCGUCGUCGCCGAUAGAUUAUUAAGUAUAUCGACGAGUCGUUCCCUGUACACGCGAUACCAUGGAGAAGUGUAGAAACGAAAGCGAAUUAAAAAAAGAAGAAGAAGAAAUCUGCAUAGGAUUCGAUCCGCAGUGCCUCGUAUUUCAUCGUCUUGCGGUUGCGUCACAACGCACGAUGACAACUCCCUCGUGUCGAGCGACUUUGACGUUCGACGCGCGCAUUGCCUCGUAUCCAGGAAUAAAGCUCGAUUUGCCAGCCGAGUUAAAUUUACUCCUAAGUAACGCGCGAACAAAGUACGUAUGUUAAUUUAGAUCGGUGCUUCCCGAACCACUUCGCUCGCCUAUUUACGGCCGUGAUAUGCCGGCGGAACGCGCGCGCGCGCGCAAGACGGUAGACCGUUCAAUCUCAACAGAGCGCACGAUCCGCAAUUUUAUCGCGUUAUUCCUCUUCUGAGUCGUAACAUUUCCUAUCCGGCCGAUAUCGGAUCGUGAUCGUGGUCCGAGCACGCAUCUGAUGGUCGCGCGUGUGUUCCGCCGAGAAACGUCGCACAACGUCCGCGCGAUGACGAUCCACGGAUCGGCCGCGGCAAAAUCAUGGCUUGCACUUUCGAUUAAUUGCCCCGCGAGUGUAAACGCUCACGUCACGCUCCGCGGAACGUAACUGCGCGCCGUAUAAUUUAUUCGCGCGCGUCAGUAGCGACUUACGGUCGAAAUUGUCUGUCACCUCGGUGAGAACGACAAUAAACAUCGCGACGAUCAACUCCGGCGAUUUAUGACUCUCCAUCGAAGUUAUCGCGUCGCGUUCAGUGUGAGUUAUCCCGCGUAUAAUUUUUGCGCCGUUCUUUGGCGGACGAGCGAACGAUUUCGUAAGAAAAAGGAAAGAAAUUAUAUAAAUGCAAAUCGAAUUUGAGAGAUUUCAUCUAUAUAUCGUAGAGAAUACAAUUAGUAGAGAAAAGUUUGCAGCAUUUUCAUCUCGAUGAACUUCAAAACGCGUCCAGUUUCCAAUGGAAUAAAUUUAUCCCCUGAGAAGUACUGAAAGAUACAUUUCUCCAUUGAGUCGGAUAUGUUGCGAAAUUCGUCAAAAAAAAUUGUUGCAAUCUUUAUGGCACGAGGUCAGUUUGAAUUUUAAGGAGGAGGAGGAGUUAAUCGAAAGUGCAGAGAAUAUCGUGGAAAGAGUACUGUGUGGAAGAUGUAAUAUUGCAUUCUAGAAUUAAACUCAUAGUAACAGAAAUUUAGAAAACACUAACCUGAUAGAGAAAAUCCACGCUUUGCUUCGCGAUGUCUAGAUAUCCGUAAAGCACCUCGCAUAAAUAAGGUAAAAGUACAAAUUCCCAGACAUAUGGACGAAGAGAAUUGUACAAUAAACAUCACUGUAGGACUUAACCAAGCACACUUAAAGACUUAAUCAAGCAUUAUAAAUCGAUAUUCUGCAGUAAUUCAUUAUCCAUUCAUUUCAUACGCGCUAUUAUAUUUUACGAAUUGAAAUGCGCUAUUAUAAAUCUGCUAUGUUUCUCGCGAAAUUUGCUACGCUCCUUAGUAAGAUAGUCCUUACUGACAGCCCAUUCCUGGACUAUUAAAAACAUAGUGAAAUUAAAAAAAAUUA